AUGUUAAAGAGGGGAUUGAAAACUUUAAACACACAGGCUUUUCAUAACAUAGUGACUGAAGCAGAUGAGGAUAGGAACACACUAAAGCAGAUCCAAGUUCAGCUGCAGAGAUGUCCUACUAAUGUGGAAUAUCAACAAGCUGAAAUUAGUGCAUAUCAAAAAUUCAGGCAGUCAUCUUACCUAGCUGAAGUGUACUUACAACAAAUGAGUAAAGCAACAUGGAUUAGAUUGGGAGAUGACAACACCAAAUACUUUCAUUCAGUAAUCAAGCAUAGAAAACUGAAGCAGGCAAUUACUCAGCUCAAGGACAGCUCUGGUCUUUGGCAAACAUAUCUUGAUACAAUAGCUGGUAUAUUUGUUGAUUACUAUAAAAAUUUACUAGGUAGGAAAGCAACUGAAAGGGUAAAAGCUUUUAGUAGUAUAAUAAAAAAUGGGAACAGUCUCUCAGAAGCUCAGCAACAAGAAAUAAUGCAACCUUUUUUGGAAAGAGAAGUAAAGCAGGCUAUGUUUCAGAUUGACAAUAAUAAGAGUCCUGGUCCUGAUGGAUUUGGGAGUGGAUUUUACAAAGCAGCAUGGCCAAUAGUGGGAAGAGAAAUCACUGCAACAGUCCUAUAG